GUGAGAAUUCCUCCGUACCUGUCUGAACAGGGAGAGUCAGACUGCUUUAGGGCAGAGGAAAGAAAGAAAGAAAGGAAGGAAGAAAAAAAGAAAAGAAAGGGGAUCAAGAGAGGGAAAGUAGGAGGAACAAAAGUCGCAUAUUUAAAGAGCACAAAGAGGUGUGUUAAAGACAAUUUGGAAACAGGCAGAGAGUGAGAGAGGAGUUUAUCAAGGUCUCCAUACUUCAGAUUUGCCUUUUUCUUACAUUCCCUGCUGGGCUUUUUUUCAACUUUCUGUGACCAGUGGCUAUUUUGGUCCGUCAGUGUUGGAGCGGUUUGGGAUGGAUGCCAUCAUGCUGCAAGAGAAACUGGUGGAACGGCUACUGUGCCCGCGAGUGAGAACUGCCAGGCAGAAGGAGAAACAGUAUGUGGGUUUUGCAACUUUGCCCAACCAGGUCCACAGGAAGUCUGUGAAGAAAGGCUUCGACUUCACGCUGAUGGUGGCAGGAGAGUCUGGUAUGGGUAAAUCCACCCUGGUCAACAGCCUGUUCCUCACAGACCUCUACAAAGACAGGAAGUUACUGAAUGCUGAGGAGCGUAUUAACCAAACUGUGGAGAUCAUCAAACACACUGUAGACAUCGAGGAGAAAGGAGUAAAGCUCAAGCUGACCAUCGUAGACACGCCAGGGUUCGGAGACGCCGUCAACAACAAUGAGUGCUGGAAGCCAAUCACAGACUACAUAGAUCAGCAGUUUGAACAAUACUUCAGGGAUGAGAGUGGGCUGAACAGAAAGAACAUCCAGGACAACCGAGUCCACUGCUGCUUGUACUUCAUCCCACCAUUUGGGCACGGGCUGCGUCCGGUAGAUGUUGAGUUCAUGAAGGCUCUGCAUGAAAAAGUUAACAUAAUCCCACUCAUUGCAAAAGCCGACUGCCUCACACCCAACGAGAUAAAAAAGCUUAAAGACAGAAUACGAGAGGAAAUAGACAAGUUUGGGAUCAAAGUGUACCAGUUCCCAGAAUGUGACUCUGAUGAGGAUGAAGAGUUCAAACAACUUGACAAAGAGCUGAAGGAGUGCACCCCUUUCGCUGUAAUCGGCAGUAACACAGUGGUGGAAGCUAGAGGGCAGAGAGUGAGAGGGAGACUGUACCCCUGGGGAAUCGUUGAAGUGGAAAACCAGUCGCAUUGUGACUUUGUGAAACUGAGGAACAUGCUGAUUCGGUCACACAUGCAUGACCUCAAAGACGUGACCUGUGACGUUCACUAUGAAAACUACAGAGCGCAGUGCAUACAGGAAAUGACCAGUAAACUGGCUCAGGACAACCGCAUGGAGAGUCCCAUCCCCAUCCUGCCGCUCUCCACCCCGGAUGUGGAGACAGAGAAACUAAUCAAAAUGAAAGAUGAGGAGCUGAAGAGGAUGCAGGAGAUGCUGAACAAAAUGCAGCAGCAGAUGCAUGAUAAAGACCAGUGAUGGAUCCUGAGAGCUGGGCUGCAGCGCCGCAGCGCCACCUAGUGUUUCUCUCCUGAACGACAGUGAGACCUUCAGACGUCAAACACAGAUAUCAUGUGUUAGUGGCAACUCUGGCUGUACAUUUAUCCUCAGUUUGGUGCUUUGUAUAGUUCGUCUGCCUCGAGGGUUGUUUGUCAGAGGGUUGUUGUUUUUUUUGUUUUUUUUUUAACUAUCUGUUUGCCCACUUUGAGCCCCCUUGCUGUGGUUUAACAGUCUUAACAUAUAUAAUAUAAAUGCGUAAUUUAAAUUACUACUCAGUGUAUCUAAUUUAUAAAUGCAAUGCUAAACUUUUUGGAUAUUUUGUCAGGGUAUGAAAACGUGUGCUACAGUAUGUUUUGUAAAGAAAUUUUGGUUGUUGGUGAUGUUAAAAUUUGAACAUGGAUAUUGUUUUUUAUUCUAUGUUUGUGAGUGUGCGUGAGCGUUUGUAUUUCAUGAGGUUUUCCUCUGAUAUCACCAGGUAUCCGUCCAUAGA